AUGGAUUAUGCAGAAGACUUUGCCAAGAUCCUGGUCAGAGGUCCUGCUCAGAGGUCCUGCUCAGAGGUCCUGCUCAAAGGUCCUGCUCAGAGGUCCUGCUCAGAGGUCCUGCUCAGAGGUCCUGCUCAGAGGUCCUGCUCAGAGGUCCUGCUCAGAGGUCCUGCUCAGAGGUCCUGCUCAGAGGUCCUGCUCAAAGGUCCUGCUCAGAGGUCCUGCUCAAAGGUCCUGCUCAGAGGUCCUUCUCAGAGGUCCUGCUCAGAGGUCCUGCUCAGAGGUCCUGCUCAGAGGUCCUGCUCAGAGGUCCUGCUCAGAGCCGAGCAGCAGAGAGAGGGGGGGUCCUCUAACAGCAGCCCACGUCGGAGCUCUUGCCUGGGGAAAGGGCCACUGGUGUCAGGCCCUCGCAGCGCUGAGGGCCCGCUAAGUGCCUGCGUGACAGCCAGGAGCUCACAGGCGGUUGGUUAA